ACGUUGUUAUUUUCGCCAUUUGGCAGGUCAUCAUUUUCGAGAUUGUGUUGUCGGCGUUGCACCGUCCACCACACACCACACGCACGGCGAGGGAGAGGGCCGCCCAUCUGUCAUGGAUGACGCACCAGCCAGUUUCACGCCGGAUGAUGGCAGGUCAGCAGAAAGGCCACCCACUUGGGUGCGAGUGGCAACGCCACGCCGGUGUCACCGCAUGCCGGACAUGCGAUCAACAAAGAGGCCUCGUGUUCACUCUCUUUCGCCUACGGUCGUCAUCACUCCCGGCGUUGCAGUUGUGCAUUCUCCGUUGCCGCCCUUGUUGUCGUCUCCAGCGCGCCGUCCAUACACUCCAGUACACCCUCUGUCGGAUUUCGAUGCGUUGUUUUUUCCUGUGCUGUCGCCGCCAUUGCAACCUCGCCGUUUGCAGUUUCUGUCGUGUGCUGCGCAGCCAUUUCCUCCUCCACUUUUCGUUGGACGCGGCGGGUUGGACUCCAUCCCCCUAGAGGGGUGUUCUCAAUCAUCAGGAGCGGUGUUUGGAAGUGGAGGGUCCACACUGCGUGACGGAGGACGUCGGAGUGUAGAACCGCGGGUCUCACAUUCGUUCGCCGCAUCAGGUCAUGGGCAGGGGGGUGUAUUGGAUGAUGCACGUCGUGCCUCUGCCGGGGACACACAUGACCGUAAUUCCGCCUGUCGCUCUCUUGUCUCCCUGUUCGACGAGAAUGACAAUGUGUGUGGUAGCGGAAAUGGGCCCGACCGUUGCGAUCUUGGCGCUCAAAAUCUUGGUGCGGGGCGUUCUGAACACUGGGGCGGGUCUUUGGGCCAAUUCGGUUCGCAGUCAACUCGUUCCGCGAAGUACUCUCGUUUGUUCCUAACUACCGCUUGCAAGGAGAGACUGCGGCUUUUACAAUCUGCGAUGAAAGAAGUGAGCGACAAGUCUGGGAUCAUGAGCGAUGUCAUCGACCAACUGUUGCAUUGGUCAUUGUCAGCCAUACGGUCUGAGUUCGGGGACGGGGUGGCGUCGAGGAUCGAGAGAACACCACCGGCCGGCAGCCGUGCAGAUGUUUUUCGUCUCGGAGCAGGAGGGGAUGAUUCGACAGCGGACGCUGAGGAUGAUGGCGAGCGUGAGGGUGAAGGGAGCGGUGGAGGCAAUGGCGGGUCAUUUUGUGGGUCGGAUGAUUCACUACUGCGUUCAGGGCACGAAUUUGUCACAUUUCGCUCGCUUGUGAUAAGUCCUGUCGUUGGACAUGGCACAGUGCACUGGUUGGGGGAGUUGUGUACUCUUGCAGACUUCAGCAGCAGUUGUUCCAUGCAACCGACACUGCGGGUGCCAAAGAAAUUUAACAACCCUCAUCAGUGCGUGUCGGAAUCUCAGUUUAUGCAGUUCACGAAAGAGUUGUUGGAUGCCUUGACGGACCAUUAUGGACCAGGGUCUGUGACGGCAAAAGAAGAACGAUUGAAGAAGAGCGACUUCGUUGCUCUUGUGAUGAGCAAAAUGUACCCGUACGGCACGAUGAAAAACAACAAAUCCUUGGUCGUGGAUGCAGAUGGUGUGACUGAGUUUCAUAUGCAUGAGGUGGGGCAUUGGUUUCUUCGUGCUUCCCAGCUUUGCAGAGAUGAGGGCGGCGACUUCGUCACUCUGCACAAUGAUGUCAUGAUGAUCACCGACCAUUGGGCCGGGGACCACUCCAGGUGCGUUGCGGACAGAGAGCUUUUAUGCUCAAAGGCAGGUGGCCCAUCUCAGCUGCCAUUGUACACGCACGACAACCCCGUGUAUGACAUCAUUCGCCAGACGUUGGGCAGGCAUUGCAGCACGACCGUUUGUUCGUACUACACGGAGUUCCGUCACACGUCGACGGUUGAGACCUUCCAGGGCACAAUCAUCAUUUACGCGAAGAAGGCCUUGCACUUCGAGAAGUCGUAUAAGCCGCAUUGGGCUCGACGCCUUCUCGAGUACGACGACUGUGAUGUGUCGGACGAGGUCGGGUCCUCGACACCUCCUCUGCCUCGCGAUCUUUUUUGCAGAGGCGAGGAUACCAUUGCCCGUGACAAGGACGACGUUGCUUCAAGUGCGGAUCCCGACGUUGUGGGGGAUGACGAUGUUUUCAUCAUUGGCGAUGGGGAUGGGUUGCCUGGACCGGCGGAUGUCGUGUCCGAUCGAUCAUGCGAUUCUCUAUUGGACGCAGAUGAUGUCGAGUUGUUUGAGGACUGACAUCAUGUUAUGUCGUAGUAUCUUGUACAUGCGACUUUUAUGUUUUUCGGC